GGCGGGGCGCGGCCGGGAUGUACCGGCGGGGCAGGAGCGUGCAGCUGGGCGGCGGCGGCUCGGCGCUUUACAACAACCUCAGCGUGCUGCGCCUGCCGCACCGCCAGCUCGCCUGCUUCUGCGCCGUGCGCGGCCCCGCCGUCGCCGUGCUCAGCGCCGCCGCCGACGGGCUGGGCGCCUCCAGCGCCAGCUGCGCGCCCCGCCGGGGGGACCGGCCGCCGCCGCCGCCUGCCGUCACGCAGGCCGCCUGGUGCGUGCUGCCGGCCCGGGUGCUGCUGGUGCUGACCUCGCAGAAAGGCAUCCAGAUGUACGAGUCGGAUGGCUCCGUCAUGGUUUAUUGGCACGCGCUGGACGUCGCAGAGCACCCGCCAGCACAAGCCGUGUUUGCCCGAGGGAUCGCUGCAGCUGAGAACUUCAUCUGCGUGGGGACGUCCUCCGGGAUGGUGCUGGUGUUCGACAUCCCCCACAAAGGGACGAACGUGACGGUGAGCGAGGUCCUGGAGGAGCACCGCGACGCCAUCACCGACAUCGCGGCGGAGCUGGGCCAGGCUCCGGAGGGGGCUGGGGACCUGGUGACUGCCGACGACGCGGGGACCCUCUGCAUCUGGAGCUCUGGGGAGGAGUUCACCUUGCUCAACAAGAUCCCAGCCUUCGGCUGCACCUGCUCCUCCGUGAAGCUCUGGAAUGGGGUCGUCGCUGCUGGCUACGGCAACGGGCAGAUUCGGCUGUACGAGGCAGCGACGGGCGUCCUGCGCGCCGAGGUCAACGCUCACGCUCGCUGGAUCUACGCCCUGGACCUGGCGCCGCUGACGGGAAAGCUGCUCUCGGGUGCCGAGGACUCCUUCGUUCACGUCUGGAAGCUCAGCAGGAACCCAGACACCGACGAUGUAGAGAUCGAGCACUGCCACGCCGAGUGUGUGACUGACACCCAGAUCUGCGGCGCCCGUUUCUGCGACCCCGAGGGCUGCUCCUUUGCCGUGACCGGCUACGACCUCAGCGAGAUCUUCCGCUACAGCCAGGUGUAGGCCGCGAGCUGCGCCCUCUGUCCCGAGCCAGGUCACCAGGCCCCCCUCCGGCCCAGCGCUGUACCCCAGUGGGCUGGAAAUCAGCGCAGAGGUGGAGCUGAAGUGGGAUCCUGUCACUCCCAAAGCAAACCUGCCCUCAGUGGGGCAUGGCCGUGCACGGGGAACGUGGGUUUGGAGCUGCUCUGGCUCAGUGGGACCCAGGCGUACAGGGCUGUGGGUCCCUGAGCCAAAAGCUGCCCCCUUGCCCCCUCGCCCCCUCCUGAGCCCUCCCGGGAGGGAAGGAGGCAGCAGAGGUGACGUGUCUGAGCAGCGGCUGCCUCGACGCAGGCUCUGGUAGCGGCAGUCCUGGGGAGGAGCAGAACCGGCUCCCCUCUUCCCCGCGGCACCUCUGCUUCAAACGGGAGAGGAUCCAGGGCAAACCUGCCCUACACGCUGCUCCGGCCGGGAGGGCUGCGAGAGCCGCUCCCUCCUGGGGGGCCGCACCCACGGGCGCUGCAGCGUGGGCCGCCUCGCCUCGGGGCAGCGUGCUUACGGGCUGGGGCGAGGAGCCUCCGCACCCUGCCAGCAGCCCUGGGCACGGCUGCGUCCCGGCGGGACCGCACGCUCCACGGCUGGCAGCCAGAUGUGCGGGGCCACAGCUGCGCUCCUGGGCUGGAAAAAGCAGAGGCGGCUGCACUGUGCUCUUCCAGGCCAGCUGAACGCCCCAGGGACAGACUGCUAGGUCACCGAGCAGAGCCGUGGCGCUGCGUGCCAGCAGGCUGUCCUUGUGCUCCAGCUCCCGAUCUCAGCCCGGGGCCCUGUGCCCUGCUGGCUUUGCCCCUGCCCCAGACACGGGGUGCUGGAAGGGGGCACGCGCCGUGCUGGGGCUCCCCCUGCGCUCCCGGUGCUUCCCCCUCUGCGUCCAGGGCAGGGCUCGGCCCUGUCCCAGCGGUCGCUGUCCCCCUGGUCCUUGUCCGUAUCCCAGUCCCUCUCUCUGCUGGCUGCUGUUCCCAGGGCCCUGCGGGGCAGGGGGGCCCUGUGUGCGGGGGGGCUCUGCCCGGGGCAGGCCCCGUCCUCAGCAGGCAGGGAAGGAGCUUCCCGCAGCUCCCGGAUCCGGCUCGGCCCCCGCAGGAGCUUCCUGCACCUCCCGACAGCAGCAGGGUCCGGCACGGCCCUGGGAAAGGCAGCCCCAGCCCCUGCUGCUGUGCGGGGGCGAGAGCUAUGCUGCGGGCAGGGGGCCUGCUGCCCCCGCACCGCUUUGCCCCCAGCUGUGAGCCACAGCCCCUGGCCCCCAUCGUGCCCCUUUCCCCGCGCCUCUGAGCCCAGGCACCGCACCCCCCCGCUGCAUCCCCCUGUUCAUGCUGUACCCCCAUCUGCUGCCCACCCCCCCGGCUACGGGUAAGGACUCUACACCCUGCCCUGUCCCCCCAGCCCCACUGCACUGGACCUCACCCACAAUAAACGCGCCUGAACCGA